GGUAUUAUAUAUUUUAUGUUCAAGGCUUUAAUUUUCGCCAAAAGCAACAGUUGUGCACAUAACGCUUUGGUACAUGUAGGACUAGUACAGGCAUUCCAAACUAUUCAGUGUAGAUCAGAUUGUGGCAGCUGGGAGAACCUUAAAGCAAAAAUUCAUACAAAGAUGGUGGGCUGUAAAGUUUUGAUCCUCCUGGUCGUGAUGAGCCUGACAUUCAGUGAAAUUCUCGCGGGGGCAAUCAGAAGCGAUUCCGAUAACGUGACACCGGGAUACGGGGAGGGCGUGAUGGUAUCCGGCCAAGCAUCGUUUCGUGUGUCACGUGAUAAAACAAUUCUGCUGGUAGGCAUCGCUGCUGCCGCUAUAUGGUUUGUCAAAGGCUGAUGUUUAAUGUGCAGCGAUGACCAGAAUUCUGCGUUUCAGCGGACAGCUUCACGAAUAAAUUUUACUGAUUGUUUAAUAAAUAGUUGAUAAAUA